CGGAGAGCUGAGAGAGAAGGGGGCCGGGAAAGAGUCUCAAAUUUAGCCGGACGCGACAUUAUAUUUAAAAAAGAGGAUUGCGACGCUGGCGUUCACUCUCAAAGUGUGAAGAUUUUGUAUUUAUUUUGUAUUUUUAAUUUCUAUAUCUGUCAGCUGAGCCCUGCCAGCCCACCCCCCUUCCCCACCAAGUCCUCUGCCAGCGACGGCAGGCUUCUCCAUCCCCAGCCCAUCGAGUCAGUCCCGGGCUGAAUAUCGCACAGGUUAUCAGCUCGGUUACGGAAGCUGGAGAAGAAGCUGGACCCUGAACCAAAGGCGCAUAUAAGAAAUGUCCUUGCUGUGUGUUGGAGUGAAGAAAGCCAAGCUCGAUGGACCCCAAGAGAAAUUUAACACAUACGUGACCCUGAAGGUGCAGAAUGUUAAGAGCACCACCAUCGCUGUGCGCGGCGAUCAGCCGUGCUGGGAGCAGGACUUCAUGUUUGAAAUAAACCGCCUGGAACUGGGCCUGACGGUGGAGAUGUGGAAUAAAGGGCUAAUCUGGGACACCAUGGUGGGCACCUUAUGGAUCCCCUUGCGCAACAUACGGCAGUCCAAUGAGGAGGGUCCAGGCCAGUGGCUGACUCUGGACUCCAACGCCAUCAUGGCUGAGAACGAGAUCUGUGGAACCAAAGACCCGACCUUUCACAGGCUGCUGCUCGACACCCGCUUUGAACUGCCUUUAGACAUUCCUGAGGAAGAGGCUCGAUACUGGGCCAAGAAACUUGAACAACUAAAUGCCAUGAGGGAUCAAGAUUUUGCCUAUCAAGAAGAACAGGAGCGACCACUCCAUGCACCGACCACACAGUGCUGUAAUUGGAGUCUGUGGGGAGAUCAGCAAAACGAGGAUCCGGACAGCGCCGUGGACGACAGGGACAGCGACUACCGCAGCGAGACCAGUAACAGCGUCCCGCCUCCCUACUACACCACCUCGCAGCCCAACGCCUCCAUGCACCAGUAUCCCAUGAGGAACCAGCAGUACGGACACUCCUACGGCGAAGACAUCCACGAGCUGGACUACGACCACCGAGCCGUGAGACGCUAUGAUAGUUUAGACUCGGCCACCAACGGGCUCAGCGAUAUCGACUCAGGCUCAGGGUCGAGCCGGCGCACCAGUCGUCAGUAUUCUCUAGACAGUAGGCAUUCACUGUCCGAUAGUCCCACCGACAGUCGUUACGCCUCGUCGGGCGAGUUGAGUCGAGGCAGCUCUCAGCUCAGCGAGGAGUUUGUCGCCGAGGAGCGAGCGACUUUGCGAGGUUCGGAGUUCUACGAUGAAAACGACUCCUACCACUCCUGCCACUCCUCCGUCAGCUACGGCAAAGAGGAUUCCCCGGUCUGGGAUGGCGAGGACCCCCAAGCCGUCUACAGCGACGAGGGAGGCUACCUCAAAGACGGAGGGGAAGAGGGGGCGCUGUAUGCCGAGGUGGAAGGCCACUUGUACGGGGAGGGAGGAGAGUACAACUACGAAGAUGAGGAGGAGGUGCCCUUUGAGGCAGAAGAAGACCUGUAUCCUCUUGACGGCACUCUCAGUGAAGACCAGGAGCCGCCCUACACCCCGACGCCCACAGGCACUGCCCCCACCCUGACGUCCCCCUCUGACGGUGUGUCCUCCGCCAGGCCUCCGCUGGAGAAGCAGGCGUCGUUGCAUCAGCAGCGGCCAGCCCACGAGCAGCUCCAUCCCCCCAGCACAGCUCCCACUCUACCUCCGGCCGCACGGGACGACACGUUGCCCCCUUUCAGCGCAGAAUCCACCAAGCCUUCGUUCGCAACCGCCAUGCCAGCGCUCUCAACCCCAACGGCGACAUCGCAGCUCCCGGAUGCUCCAGAUUCGGAGCUCCUGGGGCCUGAGCCCAGGGCCGAGGUGCCGCUGGAGGAACCUCGGCCUCCCGAGCAGCCUCCAGCGGCAGAGAGCGUCCCUCCAGUUCCUGAAGAGAGAGCCGAGGAGCCACCUGUUUCAAGCUUCCCAAGGAGGGAAAUCAUGGAACCCGGUCCCGCGAGAGCCAAAGCCAACUGGCUUCGACUCUUCAGCAGAGUACGACUACAGCUGCAAGAGGCCCGAGGAGAAAGUGUUGGCAUCGCCUCUCUGCUCUUAUCAGCCGGGAUGGGCGGUGCUCUGUAUAGCAUUGACAGCAUGCCAGACCUCAGGAAGAGGAAAGCUAUGCCUCUCGUCAGAGAUCUGGCUAUGUCCUUGGUUCAGAACUCCAGGAAGGCUGGCAUCACCUCGGCCCUGACGUCCAGCACGCUGCAUAACGAAGAACUGAAGUGCCACGUUUACAAGAAGACCCUCCAGGCCCUCAUUUAUCCCAUCUCCUGCACCACGCCGCACAACUUCGAGGUGUGGACCGCCACCACGCCCACUUACUGCUACGAGUGUGAGGGGCUGCUGUGGGGGAUCGCCCGCCAGGGCAUGCGCUGUACCGAGUGUGGAGUCAAAUGCCACGAGAAGUGCCAAGAUCUGCUCAAUGCUGACUGUCUGCAAAGAGCAGCAGAGAAGAGCUCCAAACACGGCGCGGAGGACCGAACCCAGAACAUCAUCAUGGUUCUCAAAGACCGCAUGAAGAUCCGCGAGAGGAACAAACCAGAGAUUUUCGAACUCAUUCAGGAGGUGUUCACCGCCCCCAAGACCACCCACGUCACCCACAUGAAGCAGAUCAAACAGAGCGUGCUCGACGGCACCUCCAAAUGGUCGGCCAAGAUCUGCAUCACAGUGCUGUGUGCCCAGGGUCUACAAGCCAAAGAUAAAACUGGAUCCAGCGAUCCUUACGUCACCGUCCAGGUGGGAAAGACAAAAAAAAGGACCAAGACCAUCUACGGCAACCUCAACCCCGUCUGGGAGGAGACGUUUAACUUUGAAUGUCACAACUCCUCAGACCGCAUCAAGGUGCGCGUGUGGGACGAGGACGACGACAUUAAGUCUCGCGUAAAGCAAAAGUUCAAACGGGAGUCGGACGACUUCCUCGGUCAGACGAUCAUCGAGGUCCGCACUCUGAGCGGAGAGAUGGACGUCUGGUACAAUCUGGACAAGCGUACAGACAAAUCAGCCGUGUCUGGAGCUAUCCGCAUGCACAUUAAUGUAGAGAUCAAGGGAGAGGAGACGGUCGCCCCCUAUCACGUUCAGUACACCUGUUUGCAUGAAAACCUCUUCCACUAUGUGACAGAUAUCCAAAACACCGGGGUGGUGAAGAUCCCCGAUGCCAAAGGGGAUGACGCAUGGAAAGUCUACUUUGAGGAGACUCCCCAGGAGAUUGUAGAUGAGUUCGCCAUGCGUUACGGAGUGGAGUCCAUCUACCAGGCCAUGACUCACUUUGCCUGCCUGUCAUCGAAGUACAUGUGCCCAGGUGUGCCUGCAGUGAUGAGUACCCUGCUGGCUAACAUCAACGCCUACUACGCGCACACCACCCAGGCCACUAACAACGUCUCUGCCUCAGACCGCUUUGCUGCUUCGAACUUUGGGAAAGAGCGAUUUGUCAAGCUUCUCGACCAGCUUCACAACUCUCUGAGGAUCGACCUGUCUAUGUACCGCAACAACUUCCCGGCCAGCAGUCCUGAGAGGCUGCAGGACCUCAAGUCCACAGUGGACCUCCUCACCAGUAUCACCUUCUUUAGGAUGAAGGUCCAAGAGCUCCAGUCUCCACCCAGAGCCAGUCAAGUGGUGAAGGACUGUGUCAAAGCCUGCCUCAACUCCACCUACGAGUACAUCUUUAAUAACUGCCAUGAGCUGUACAGCCGCGAGUAUCAGACCGACCCGGCUAAACAGGGUGCAGUGCCUCCGGAGGAGCAGGGACCCUCCAUCAAGAAUCUGGAUUUCUGGUCCAAACUCAUCACACUUAUCGUCUCCAUCAUCGAGGAGGAUAAGAACUCUUACACUCCCUGCUUAAACCAGUUUCCCCAGGAGCUCAACGUGGGUAAAAUCAGCGCUGAAGUGAUGUGGAACCUGUUUGCUCAGGAUAUGAAGUAUGCAAUGGAGGAACACGAAAAAAAUCGCUUGUGCAAGAGUGCAGAUUACAUGAACCUGCACUUCAAGGUCAAGUGGCUGUACAACGAGUACUGCAAAGACCUGCCCUUCUUCAAGAGCCGAGUGCCUGAAUAUCCUGCGUGGUUUGAGCCAUUUGUUAUCCAGUGGCUGGAUGAAAACGAGGAAGUGUCUCGGGACUUUCUGCACGGCGCUUUGGAGAGAGACAAAAAAGAUGGGUUCCAGGUGACGUCGGAACACGCUCUGUUCUCCUGUUCGGUGGUGGACGUGUUUUCCCAGCUCAACCAGAGCUUCGAGAUCAUCAGGAAGCUCGAGUGUCCUGAUCCGCUGAUCGUGGGACACUACAUGAAGCGAUUCGCUAAGACCAUCAGCAAUGUGCUUCUUUCCUAUGCCGAUAUCAUCUCCAAGGUGUUUGCCAACUAUGUCACCAUGGAGAAAGUGCCCUGCAUCCUGAUCAACAACAUCCAGCAGCUGAGAGUUCAGCUGGAGAAGAUGUUUGAAGCCAUGGGUGGAAAAGAUCUGUGUGUGGAGGCCAGCGACAUACUGAAAGACCUACAGAUUAAGCUCAACAAUGUGAUGGAUGAUCUCAGCAGGGUUUUCUCUGUCAGUUUCCAGCCUCACAUAGAGGAGAACGUGAAGCAGAUGGGAGACAUCUUGGCUCAGGUGAAGGGAACCUCAAAUGUGGGGAACGCCAGCAGCGUCGCCCAGGAUGCUGACAACGUCCUGCAGCCCAUCAUGGAGUUCCUGGACAGCAACUUGACUUUGUUUGCUAAGAUCUGUGAGAAGACUGUGCUGAAACGCGUGUUGAAGGAGCUGUGGAAGCUGGUGAUGAACACCAUGGAGAAGACCAUCGUUCUGCCGCCGCUCACAGACCAAACGAUGAUUGGGAGACUGAAGAGUGCUUCUCACAGUGAUGGCACUCAGCUCAUCUUUAAUGCUGCCAAGGAGCUGGGACAGCUGUCCAAGCUGAAGGAGCACAUGGUUCGAGAGGAGGCCAAAGCGCUCAGCCCGAAGCAGUGUGCUGUGAUAGAGCUGGCCCUGGACACCAUCAAGCAAUAUUUCCAUGCUGGUGGUGUGGGUCUGAAGAAGACUUUCCUGGAGAAGAGUCCUGACCUCCUGUCUCUCCACUACGCCCUGUCCCUCUACACGCAGGCUACAGACAAACUCGUUAGGACUUUUGUCCAGUCACAGAACGCACAAGGCUCUGGUGUGGACGAUGCCGUGGGAGAGGUGUCCAUCCAUGUGGAGAUUUUCACUCACCCCAACACUGGAGAGCACAAGGUCACGGUGAAAGUUGUGGCUGCCAAUGACCUGAGGUGGCAGACGCAGGGAAUAUUCCGGCCAUUUGUGGAGGUGUACAUCAUCGGCCCUCAUCUCAGCGAUAAGAAGAGGAAGUACGCCACCAAGUCAAAGAACAACAGCUGGGCCCCCAAAUACAACGAAACCUUCACUUUCCCCCUGAGCAGCGAGGCGGGUCCCGAGUGCUACGAGGUCCAGGUGUGCGUGAAGGACUACUGCUUUGCGCGAGAGGACCGCACCGUGGGCAUGGCGGUCCUGCAGCUGAAGGACAUGGCCUCCAAAGGCAGCGUCGCCUGCUGGCUGCCGCUGGGCAAACGCAUCAACAUGGACGAGACGGGCCUCACCGUCCUGCGCAUCCUCUCCCAACGCAACAACGACGACGUGGCCAAGGAGUUCGUCAAGCUCAAGUCGGACCAGCGCUCUGCAGAGGAGGGCCGCAGCUAAGAGAAGCGACAGCAUUAAAAAAAAAAAAUUAAAAAAAGGACCCAUCUGAAGCUCAAUCAGACGCCUGCCACCUACUGCCCUGGGGCUCUCCUGAGCCCCCCGCUAGUCACUGCCCUGUGUUGUAAAAGCACAGAUAAGUCAAGUCCCCACACAUCCAGUGCUGUAAACGCAUCCAUUUCACUCGAAAGAACACAGUGCAUCGCUAAUUUUCUUCAGAAAGCACAAGUGUCUUUUAUUGUUCCAGAUAUUGUGAGCCAUCCUUUUUGAUGAACAAAUACAUAGUUUUAAUCAUAAAGCAUAUAUUUACUUCCCUCGGUCCGUAGAGUCACGCCAUUCCACACACACACGCACACACGCACACACACACACACACACACACACACACACCUCAUUUGACUGGUUGAGGUGAUAAAUAUCUUGUAGCCUUUGAUAUUUUUGGCCAGCCCAAAGCACAACAGGACCGAGUGUCCGACUGACCCAUUGACAACGACACACACAUUCCAGAUAUAUCGGGCGGGGAACAAAAGCACUAUUUAGUUUAAUAUUUAUUUACUGCUCUAUUCUAAAUUAUAUUUAUUUUUAAAUAAUUCCAUACAUCGUAAUAUAUCAUAUAUAUAUAUAUAUAUGAAGGACACAUGUAAAGAUAUAUCCAGGAUUAUUCGAUGGACGCGUGGUCUUUGAAAGAUUGUCCUUGUCCGCCUUUAUGUCCGUCCACCCUGUAACAGAGCACACUGCCUGACACCCUCAAUGCCUUCUGUCUCGUUGACCCUCGUUUCGUACGUAGCGACUGUAAAAGAGAGUUUAAUCCGAUGAAAACACGCCCUCAAGCACUGUGGUUCAUCGGAGUAUACAGUGUGUGUGUGUGUGUGUGAGAAUGUCCAGAUGUGAAUGUAUGAUCUGCGUUAUCGAGCACAUCUGGAGCUCAUAACGUGCGAGUGCGUUUGUAAGGCGUUGACCUCUUGUUGACCUCACGUAGCCGCCCGUGUUGCCUGUUUCCUGCAAAAUGUAAUCACAAAAAGCCAUCGCGAGCAAAGAGCAUCACACAGAGGAGGGAGGGGCGUGUUCACGUUCACGUUCAGAGGGUUUUCCAAGUGUCUUUUACUCCAAGGGGGAGGAAGCGUCCUAUUAUCUUGUGACGGUUGUUUUCCGUGUUACUGUAAACAUUCCCAACAGCACCCCGUGUGUGUGUGUGUGUGUGUGUGAGAGAGAGAGAGAGAUGCAUGAUGGGAGAG